AUGUCCAUUCGUCCGCUCCCGCAGGAGACCAUCCGCCUGCUCUCGUCCUCGGUGAAGCUUACGAACCCGUGCGACGUUCUCAAAGAGCUCGUGGAUAACGCCAUCGAUGCAGAGGCCACCUCGAUUGACGUCGUCGUGUCGGCCAACACCCUUGACAAGAUCGUCGUGCGAGGCAACGGCCAUGGCAUUCCCCUGGAAGACCUGGAUCUGCUCGGGCGGAGGGGCCACACGAGCAAGCUGAGGAGCUUCGAGGAGCUUCAGCACAAGGGCGGCGAGACGCUGGGAUUUAGGGGUGACGCGCUGGCCAGUGUCAAUUCCAUCGCUACUGUGGUCAUCACUACGAAAACGUCCGGGGAACCUGUGGCAACCCGGAUUCAGUUGCGGCAUGGCAUUGGCGGCGUCGUCGACAGGAAGCCAGUAUCCGGGCCCGUUGGAACGACUGUACAAGCUUCCGAGCUCUUCAAGGCUAUACCGGCGCGGAGACAUCUCUUACUCCAUGGCACACAAAAGACUUUUUCAGGUAUGCGGGAUCUUCUCAGUGCGUAUGUCAUCGCUCGACCCCGCCUGAGAGUUUCGUUGAAGGUGGCCGGGCACGACAGCAGCUUCUUUUCGUAUGCUCCCAGUGGCGCGGGUUCUGUCAGAGAGGCAGCUCUUCAGCUAUUCGGAAAAGCACUGGUCGCCAACUGCACGCCAAUCAGUCUCCACCACGAGGCAAGCGGGUUCGCCUUGGACGCCCUUUUACCAAGUCGAGACUGCGACGUGAAGGCUCUCAAGGGCAAAGCGUUUCACGUGUCGGUGGACCGAAGACCUCUUUCCCCGUCAGGAGAGUUGCCAAAGUUGCUGUACAAGCAGCUCAAGUCGCAUAUCUCGAGGUCCUUGGCUACCACGAACCUGCCAACGUUGUUCAUGCAGCUGAACAUCACCUGUCCCCGCGGAAGUUACGACCCGAACGUGUCGUCGUUGAAGGACGAGGUGCUAUUUGCCAACCAGCAAGAAGUGUUGGAACUCUUUGAGGAGCUGUGCCAGGCAGUGUACGGCAUCAAAGAGUCGUCCGAUGGAGAAGAAGGUCGAACAGAUGCUGCCUCACAGGCGCCGGUCUCAUCAAGCCCCGAUAGUGAUGGCGGCAAUCAGAGCUUGGACGAUCUAGCGCCGCUAGAUGACUGUGAUGUGUUACAAAUGUUUGAAGACAUGGAGAGGGCCGAGAUGCUGGAUCAUUUGGACGAGGAAGCGAAGGCUGGAGGCACCUCAACCAAUGCUCAAACGGAUACUGCUGAGUCGCCGAAAGAAACCGAUACUCGCCUUAUUGUCGAUGCUCCGAGCGCCAAAGAGACGAGUGUGAAGGUGAGAACGGUCUUCAGGGUCGACAUGUCUCGAAAUGACAGCAACGCAACAGACGACGCCGCGCUGGCCGACAUGGUCGAUGUGACGCUCCCAGCAGAGCUACCAAAGCAAACCUCCUGCGACAGCUCAUCAGCCCAAAGUCGCCGUCGUGGAGACAUACGCCGAUAUUUCCAAAAGAACUCCGACCGGGAAUUCCAAAUUGCGUGUGAUGAGACCGCAGCUGGACCGGCGACGGUCGAAGCGGAGUCACCCCAUCGAGUGAACUGGAUAUACGGCGAGAAUUCACUGAGCCUGACCCUGACGGACAUCAGCUACAUAGGGGGCAUCAAAUCGAUUUCGGUGCAGAUGAUUCACCCAGAUUAA